AUGGCUCGGCAUCUGCCUUCGAGCCUGCGUUCUGAGCGGGCAAUGUCAGAGGCUCCGCUCAGCUUUACAAGAGACACCCCAGCUCCGACGCCUCUGCGUCCAUCAACCCCGCAUUACCGCUGCAGCGCUUCUUCACACAGCCGCCAAUGGGGCGUUCAUUUGGAGGACUUCCGUUACGCAGUGCAACACAUAGAUGGCUACGUUGCAAGGGGGCGGCCUCAACCUUCUUCAUCAGCAUUUCAGCAGGAUUCUGAGGGUACUGUCAAAACGCGCGUUAUGCGGGGAGUGAUUACUGGCCCAGCAAGAUGGCGUGGCGGCACAGGUUCUUACGGAAUGCCAUCUCUAUACUGUGCAGUCUACAAAUAUAACUUCACUCAAGAAGUGGCUCAUGGCUCUUCCGCCCGUGAAAAGGCCCCUUUUUGUUCAUCAGAUAGUGCCUCUCGCCCUUUGCCGCCGCCAACGCUUGUGUCUAGCGCUUGGGGGCAGGGGCCGCUGGUCAUUGACGGCGUACCUGUGCUUGAAAAGCAUGCGACUGGAGGGGACGAAGGUUGGGAUGGUGAACGUUCACGGAAAUGCGAUGAACUGAAGUCGUACUUUGUUUUGGCUGUUGGGGUAUUCCGUAACUCGGCAACUUCCGCCAUUUCUACUCAUUACUGCGGAAGCGGCAACCAAACAAAGAAUCCCUCAACAGAGCCGCCAAGCCCCGAUGAUCUGCUUGGUGUUCUUCACGUCCCUCUACACUGCGUCCACAUCACAGAACAGCAGCACGAAGUCAAGCUCAGGCUCCCUGUCACAAUCCCCUCGCCCACUGCAAAAGAGGAUGAUACAUUCAAUUUCGAAAUUUGUGCUAAGGGAGAGCGGGAACUUGCUGCCGUCUUAAGCCCAGUGACUUCUCUGGAUUUAUUGGAGAAAGCUUUCAUAGCUGGACUCACUUUCAACACGACCGGAGCCAAUCGGUGUAACGUGAUGCUAUUUCGUCUAAACAAUAGCGGCGGGUCCUCCGUACAGACCUCUGAGGCUAUACUGGCUUCCCCAGUAGCUCCUUCAGUGGCUUCCACAGCCUUACAGAGAUCAAUAAACCCUCUGCAGUGUCAAGAAAGUGAAGUGAGCAAGCAAAGCAUUCACGGUGUUGAAUAUCCAUGCGGGGAAGGAGAGCCUCUGGGGGCAGGAACUGGCCUGGGCAAUGAAGCGGCAGCCGCUGCCAGGCGAGGACAGGUUCGUAACUCAUGUGCUCUUCAACCUUGCGAUGACAAUUCACCACGUAGCCCUGGAAUCGCUUCUCAUAAUUCAGAUGUUCUCGCACUGAAGAGUGAGAGGCGGGAUACACAACACUUGUCGCCACCAAGCUGUGGGCAGCGUUGCACAGCCAAUUUCACUAAAUCAACCGACAGUGUUGCAUCAAACCAGCAGUCAAAGGACGGCCAAUGGCGACGUCACCAACGACGCCAACAGGAGCUUUCUGUAGCAGCAGUUUUGGCUGCAUCAGCAAUCGCCGCUGCAGCAAGGGGAGAAAGAGAUCGAAGCUCACGCAGUUCUGUUUCGCGGAAGCUACAGCAACCCCAAAAGCUACUUUCAGGGCUAAGCAUGAAGAGCAACCAAAGGCCUUCGAGUACGUGUGGUGUUGGGACUGCCAACCAUACUGGCCGACAGCAAAAUGAUUGCUUCCUGAGUGGGAAGCCACAUGAACUAGGUCUGGAGCAAAUAUCAGAUUAUCAGCAUCGCAGGGACUCUCCAUCCACAGUAAUGACGGACCGUCAACUUGCUCAGCAAGCUGGUGAGUUUGAGGUCUCUCCAGAUGACAGCGUUUCUGUCCGUGGAGAGGAAAACCACAAAGCUGGAGCAGCUACCGCAAAUCAUGUUGCAGUCAGUUGUCUGCUGGGUAAUCGCCCUGCUGUGGUAGAUUGCGCUGCCCGCCUUGGCUCCAUCUUGGAUGACCGCAAGAGCACCUUGUCAACGAGCAUUCGAAGACUUGAUUGCCUGAUGACCCGUGCUCAGCUGCUUUUAAACCAGAGGCGCCAUCGGCAGUCGCAACAAGAGUGUCAUCAACAAACGUAUUCAAAUUGCCAGUCGUUUCUACACAAACAUACUGAUCACGCGAAAAGCAUCUCGUCCUUCAGAGGAGAUACCUUUGAACCACAAUCGCAGAAAGAAAAUUGUAAAGACCUGCAUUUCCGUUCAGCCGGAGAUAAUAGCUUACGUGCAGUCCCGACUACAGAAGUAGAGCAACCGGACCCAACAACUCAUCGUGCUCAUUCAGAGAAGCCAGUUGAUUCAAAAAGCCCUUCAUCAGGUAGUUCCACGCAAAUAAUACAGAACCCUCAUGAUUUGCGGAAAAUCCCCUCCAGAGCGAAAGUUUUCAAGUGGUUAGCCGCUGCUUCUGCCAGCCGAGAAAAGACACUUACGAGGAAAUUUAUUUUAAGGAUCUGGGCACAAAAGGCCCUGCUACAACGCCAACGGCGUACCAUAGCAUUGUUGCGGUUGGCAGCUAUUUUUCCUGGUGAUUCCCGUGGAACUGCACAAUAUCAUUACCUUCUUCUGCGUGGUUGGAUAGCAUUCCGAGCUCAUGUAAUAAAUUGUCAAUUCAAGACAAAACAGGAACUGCUGCGCAGGUCAACAAACGAGGAACAAGGGAGGCAUCAAGACGAUGAUUAUCGAGGUAACGAGGAUAAGCAGCAAGUCAAGGAGCUGAUAGAGCUCGUCGAAGGGCUGCAGCAGCAAGUGCAGGCGAGAGACAAUUGGUGCCGGCACCUUGAACGGCGUUCUGCUGAGGAGCAAGAGAACCAUAAGAAGGAGCUCAGCGCCCUCUGUCAGCAGGUCACUGAAUUGAAAGAGGAGCUAAAGGAGCAAGGCUGUAAAAGGAAAAAUUCCGACGCGUCUUCUGUGGAAGAUGUUGAGAAACGGCAACUUCAGAAAGAAAUCGACAACUAUCAUCGAGAACGGCUUCAUUUACAGUUGCUCGUUGCCGAGCAUGCGGCAGCGAAAGUCCGCGCUGAAGAGGUGCAAGCGAGAUUGCAAAACGAACUAACUGCGAAUAAGGAGAGAACAAAGGAUCUUGAACACCAGCUGUUGCUGGUUGACCAACAGCUAGUCGGCAUCCUCAAGCAUGCCACAACAGACGAAGAAAGUCUUUCUCGUGAAGAAAGUCCAGCUGGGCUAGCGCAACUGGCGCCCAUACCACAGCUCGGCACAUGGGCAUUAAGGAAACUUCAGGGGAUGCGUGAUACAUUAAAAGGAAUAGACGGCAAAGAGCCACUGGGACGAACGACGGAAGUGCGACGCCAGCCCCCUGCUGAAGGCGCAGCCUUCGCUCCCCUGCAGCGCUUGUCACAAGACCUGCCAAGGCAUACAGCCAGUAUUAGCAGCCAACCUGAUGACUGCAUAGAGGAACAGGACCAUUCACCAGUGGAUCAGCAGAGCUCUACUAGCCCGCAGUGUCUCCAGCCAGUUAAUGCGGUCCACGGUAGUGCAGCUAAUACACCUUUACGGCCGCUUCCAGGUUCUCGAUUGGAGAGAGAGCCGCCGUUGCAACAAUGCCCUGCAUCCCUUGCAAGUGGGCCGCGGGAUGCUUCUGUAGUAUGCCAACAAUGCAUAGAGCAGCCUUCUGGAAAGCUACAACGUGCCAAUGUGCUCCAACGGGUACGCGACGGUAAUACUUUGCAAACCGCUUUGGAGGCUCAGCAGCUUCGUGUGUUUAUGCCGCCAGGCGGCACUGUGCUUCAAAGAGGGCAACAGCUUCGGGACCACGUCAACAGACAACGCACUCACAGACAGCAGCUGCUGCAGCAAUGUGCCCAUCAACCCCAACACGCGCUGUACACUCCGCUAAAAGCACACCUGCAUGCCUUCACCUCCAAUCUCGGAAGCUCAAAAAUGGCAGUGCAAAAUUUUGCAGUGUGCUCCCUUCCGAUGCACGUUAAGCAGGGAGUUACGCAGCAUCCAGUCAUUGAUCAUCAUUUGCGGGCGGCCUCUCCGCAGUGCAGCGGAAGGAUGACACCACCCAGAAUAGAGGCAAAAUGCAUGAGUCUAAAUGUGCCCUAA